AAGAUAACAUCAACCGCUACAUCAACAAUCUCUCAUUUUCAACGUCAAGAUUUUUUUUCCAGUUCGCAACAGACAUGAGCGCCCGCCAGUCUUUUGUUCCUCGUUCAGCAUCUCGUGCUUCUAACCAUGCGGCAGACACUGAACAUCCGUUUGAUAUGUCGCUCCGUGACCAGAAUUCCCUAGGCCAGCCCCAACGUACUGGCGGUAACCAGAAUGAACUUGACUCAAUGCAGCCAAAAACAGACUCAGAAAAAAAGGCUCGCUUUUCCGGGCUUAUCGGGAAGAAACUCGCUGGAAAACUCGGCUCCGGAGAUCAUCCAGCGGUCGUAGACGCGUCGUUCUCUAGCGCGUCUGGGCGUUUCACCGGAAUCUAUCGCCCCGAUAUGCAAUCUUUAGCCAUUCCACGCAGCUCUAGCUCUCCAUUCCACGGAAAAGGCUCGCCUUUUGUUCCAUCCUCCAAUCCUGGUAUAUCUUUUGCUCGACCCACGUCGCCUGUGGCAAAAUCUGCAUCACACAGAGGAGAUUUGACCAUUUCAGGUUUCAAAGACGCGCAUAUAUCCACACCAGGUGUCUCAGGGCUCAUUUCUACUUCUCGUGUCAUUGCAGCGCCUGUCCCUGGCUAUGGGUCGUUUCACGAUGGCAGGCACGAUGACGAACACACAUUCAGCUCCAACAAAUCUUCCCUAGCCAAGUCACAGCCUGCGCAACUCCUUGAGAGAAUCCAUGAAGACGUCGAGCCAGAGACAGCAAACGAAGAGGAAGACGAAGCGCUGCUUGACGCUCGCAGGACAAACGUUGUUGCGCAUCCCGUGUUGCGCAGGGUGAAGCGCACCAUACAAGGCACUCAGGAGGACGAGGCUGGUUUCUCACCCCCCGACGAGAUUGGAUACAUGCGUAGAGUCAAACGGGUCAAGAUCGACGAGUUUCCCUGCGAAUUGGAAGAUAGCCGUCCUGACGACACUAGCCACUCCGGCAUCGACCAUACUCAACUACAGCCUGAUAUUGAUGACAAUACGGCUCGUCAAUCUUCACCACCCACGGGCCAAACUGGCGCGGGUUCCGCGGAGGAACACUCUCUCGAUGGCAUGUUUGCGAACAUGGAUUCGUUCCUGGACGUGGAUACUUACCUGGGCCUCCUUCACAAGUGGUCUACCUGCUCAAGGGAAGAGUGGCUUCAAGGCGCUGAAGAAAUUGUCGACCAGUUUAAAGAUAUCAUUGACUCCGUGAAGGAGAACCUCACAGCCAACGUCACUCUUUACUCACACCUGGACGACCAAGUGCGCGAUCGCCGUGAGGAACAGGCUCAGCUCACCGAACAUUUGAGGCGAGGACUGGGAUCGGCCAGGACGGAUCUGAUCGCUAUUUGCCGGGGAAAGUAAAUUGAGGCUGUGUGGUUAAUGCUGCGGUGAGAUGCUUAUACGACGUGCCUUUUCACCUCCUAUACCGAAGACAACUUGGACUUCAUAUGAGAUUAUGCAUGUGCUUCGUAGAACUCAGCGAUUCUAGUUUUCAAAUGUC